AUGGACUCUCUCAAAACAAGCUCUGACGAUGAGCUCCUGGACUUGAUUAAGAAACACGGCGCAGACGAUGCGAUCGACAUCGUGAACCUUGCGCGUCUUACCAACAAACCUCUCGACAGGGUAGGUAGGUCAUCCUACGGUGAAUUCACCACUGGCAUUCGAAAGAUCAUCACAGGCUUAUCUAAUAGAGGUAUCGGGCUCAUCAGGCCUGAUGAAUAUGAUAGGCAGUUUAUUGGAGACACAGUCAGCUGCAUCAAGUCUUGGGUUGCUAGAAAUGACAAGAAGUUAGAAGACUGGACUUCCGAGGGUUAUGCUUGGAUUUUGGCAGAAGCACAACUUAUGUGGAUGUUCCAGGCUAUGUUGCGAAUGGAACUUACGUGCAAAGACUAUCAGGACAGCUCUUCUUUUGAUAAGCUAGAGCAUGAGUGGGGUAAGGAGCGACCUGAUAAAGACAAGACUCCUAACUCACAGAUGAGAAUAAGUCAAAUUGGGUUUGACAAACACAUUCUCAACGAGUGUAUUCGGAUUUGCGAUGAAUACAUUCAAGCUGGUAACGAGUGGCAGGUAGCUACCGAUACAUCGGGAUUUCUGGCUGAAUGCAUCCACAAAUGUGAUGAGCAAAUCCAGAUUUUGAAGGAGCAUACGGUACCCGUUUUGUCAGACUGCAGUGCAGGGUUUGACGUUGGACUCGACUCUAUGGAGCUGGCUAUCAGAUCUCCUGGUGGCGGUGUGCAGCAGACCCAGAGUGAUCCAUCACCUCAGAGUCAGAGUCAGAGUGCAUCUGCCCGGGCCAAUAACAAGCAAAAUGUCCCGAAACCCAAUGUCGCGGUACUUGACGUCAGGGACGGUCCGAAUGCCACUAAGAGACAACGGGCUAAGACAUUCAAGACCCGCACUGGCUGUAAAGAGUGCAAACGCCGAAAAGUGAAAUGUGAUGAGGGUAAACCGACAUGUAACCGUUGCAAGGCCGUUGGUCUGGAAUGUCACUUCCCACUCAGCUUAACGGCCUCUUCCAGGCCAACAACCAAUAACACGACCACAACCGUAAGUACAAGCACAAUCAAGACCAACAAGCUUGGUCGUCUCAACUCAUACACGGAGAUUAUCCGUGACACUCCAGCUGGAGGCGCAAUAGCUACUGCAAUCCCGGGAGGUGAUACCCGCAUCCUGGUUGUACCAGACUAUGUCACAACCGUGUUCAAGGAUCAGACUUCGUGGGAUAUGUUCUCCACUUUCCUCUUUACAAACGAGCAGGGCACCUCUCUGCCUCAUAAUACGCUGGCUGCUAUUACACCCCAGAUUGCACACACCAACCCUGCCAUCCGUGAGAUGUGCUGUGCUGUAGGUGCUGCUGUGGGUGCUUUCACUGCACCCCACGUGAUUGGUGAAGCAGCCGAAAAGGCCCAGCAGCUCUCUCUCAUGUACUACAACCGCACCAUCCGUGCCGUGAGGGCAUCUGGAACAGGGCUUCAGUCAUUGCUACAGGUUGCCCACGUGGCUGUCAUCUUUAUGGUGUACGACAUGAUGCGCGGAGAUAUGAAGGCUGCAACUCUGCAUUUCGACCACGCUAGUCGGCUUUUAAUUACCUACUUUGGGAAGCGAUGUGAGCAAGAACAGGUUUCCCUGUCAGACCUAAAGCUUGAUGCCCUUGAGUCGGCCAUGUUUGACAUGUUCCAGCGAUUGAGCACUUAUUCUUGGCCUCUGGAGCUGGGCAUCAAUGGUGAUGAUCGUCCCGACUUCAAGGGAGGUAAGCGAUGCUGGGGCAGACACAGAUAUGAGAUCUACAACAUGCCCGCAUCAUUCCGAGACUUGGAUGAAGCUUUGCGAUGGUGGGACGUCACACAGCAUCACAUUUCGCACCAUCUCUUUGACGAUGAGGCUGUCGUUGAUCCCGAGUCCAAAGCAGCAUGGGAGAAAGCCUUUACUGUUCUUGACAACUGGCACCGCGCUUUUGUCCUGCUGUAUCGCAGCACCGAAGACUAUCAAUAUGACUACCCACAUCGUUACGUCACGGCUUGUAUCUUUGAAGCUCUCUACACAGAGUGUCUCUCAAGCCUGCACUUACAGCUCGAUUCCGAGACCAAGGUUUUGCCCGACGCAAGACCCAUCUGGCGUGAGAUCAUCCGCACAACACGCCGUAUGCAGCAGGAGCUGAGAGAGACAAUUGACUGGAACGUGAUGGACAACAUGGUCGUCAAGGCAUUGGUCAUUGUACUGUUCAAGUGUCGUGAUGCGGAGGUGAGGAAGGAUGUCAAGGUGGUACUGGAAGAGGCGGUUGCAUGGUACGGACAGUCAUGUUUGGCUGCUGUUAUGCUGGGUAUUAUGACUAUGAAGGCGCACCAGAUCCCCGUUCAGAUGAAGAAUAUCGAGAGGGCGGUUGGAUGGCAUCUUACCUCAAUUGGGUGUGGUCCAGGAGUAAUUAGUAUUGGAUAG